AUGAUCAACGAGGUGACGAAGGAUAUUUUAGAUUGCAUUUAGCCAUUUUCUAGUUAAAAUCAUGACAUAAGAUUGCUUAAUUAUGAUCUAGCUUGGAGUAAAAUUGAUAAGAAGAUACGCUAGAAGAAGAAUUUUUACCUUGAGUCUAGACUCAAUGAAAGUGGAUUUGUGGAAUUCAAUGUACCCUAUGGUUGCAAUUGCAAAUGGCCUUCUGUAUUUGGGACUUUUGAUUUUAUUUAUGAGGUCUUCCUUGACUAAAAGACCUAGAAGUAUUGUGUCUACCUAACUGCUCUUAUCUACAAGCAGAAAUGCAAGAAGCAUGGCAGAUUUGCUGACCCUAAGAUGAGUGAUCAAAAUCUGAAUGAGCUUUGCCUCAAAUUUUGGAAUCAUCUUGCUUCAGAAUUGCACCUUGAAAACAAUUACGCUAAGAAACAAUAAGAGCAAGAGAAACUUGAGCAUGAAAAUAUUGAAAGGCUUAAAAAAGAGGAGGAUGAGAGGUUUCAGGAGAAAGUGAAAGGUUUGGACAGAAAUAGUGAGGAGUUUCUUGACUUUGUAUUAAAGGACUAUGAAAGCUAAUUCUAGUAAAGAUCAAUGACUUCUAUUCAGCAGCUAUUUGAUUCUGGAAGAAAAUCCUCCAAUAACAGUUCAGGAAACAAGACUAAGGGCUAGCAUGCUUCAGGCUUAUGCCAGGCUUGCUAACUUGGCAUCUACUUUAAUUUAAUAAUUUAUAAAAUGAACGAUAAAUUGGCUCAUCUUGCUGGUGGUCCUUUAUUUGAAAGGAAUCAGGAGGCUACUCUUUAUGUAGGAAAUUUAGAUAGUAAGGUGAAUGAAGAACUGAUUUGGGAACUAUUUCUAUAAUGUGGUGCCAUUGUAAAUGUUCAUAUCCCAAGAGAUAAGGUCACCAAUGAGCAUCAAGGUUACGGAUUUGUGGAAUUCAAAACUGAGGAAGAUGCAGACUAUGCAAUUAAGAUCAUGCAUAUGGUUAAAAUGUAUGGUAAGCCAAUCAAAGUAAAUAAAGCAAGUUAAGAUAAGAGAACUUAGGAGGUAGGAGCAAAUGUUUUUGUCGGAAAUUUGCAUGAAGAUGUCGAUGAGAAAAUGCUUAGAGAUGUAUUUUCAUCAUUUGGAAUAGUCCUCAGUACUAAAAUUAUGAGAGAUCCAGAGACUCAAUCUUCAAAGAGAUAUGGAUUUGUGAGUUAUGAUAAUUUCGAAAGUUCAGAUGCUUCUCUAUAGGCAAUGAAUGGCUAAUACCUGUGUGGUAAGCCAAUAGAUGUUAGUUAUGCCUACAAAAAAGACUCAACAGGAGAGAAGCAUGGUACGUUAGCUGAAAGAGUUCUUGCUUAUAACAAGCCUACUAUUGGAGCAGGUGUUAAAUAGGAAAACACAAGAUUAAUUAAUAGCAAUGAUUAUAAGAGUGCAACUUUCAGUGCAGGAAUGAUGAAUCAAGGAUAGUAAUAGUAAGUACCCAUUAAUUCUAAACAAAUGCCAAUACCUACUAAUUUGAUAAAUCCUGUGGCUGGUUUCAAUGGAUAGCAAGCAUAUAGUGCUUUAGGAUAUAAUUAGUAAUCUUAAUAGAUGCCUCCACCUCCAAGUUUUCCACCCAUUCCUAAUCAGCAAAUGUUUCCUCCACCACCAAGAAUGCCUCCUCCACCUCAAAUGCGUUGA